UAUCAGAACUUCAGAAACCCUGUGGAAUGUCGAGGUACGAAACUCCAAGUGCAGAUAGAAAUCAUGGCCAAGCAACACCAACUUGUCCAAGAUGUAUCCUGUGCCAAACUGAAAGGAUGGAAGUGAAUGUUCAAUUACCAGCAUAUUCAGCAUUUUAAUGAAAAUCUUUAUAUUUAUCUUGACAAGUUAGACUUUGGAGAAGAAGUUGACUGAUAAAUGACGUAUAUGUCGAGCGCACCAGCUACUGACUCACAUUAGCAACACCCCACAGUGAUUCCAGCGUCUAAUGCUCACAAGCGGCCGUAUGAUGGCAGUAGUUUACUGUUAUGUUUUUCUUCUCCCAUGGGGACAUCGUGUAUGGAAAGGCGGUGACAGCACAAAUUGUAAUGAGGAAUAAAGACAGGAGACGAACCUGGCUCUAGCAAAGACAUUUUUCCUACCAGACCCACUACAACGACUGACGGCAUCGGCUUGUGGACCUCCUGAAAUUGCUCUCUGAGGGUUUGGCUGUGCCAACAGGUCCAUGCAUUCAUACUAGUACGUCUCCUUUAGAUCCAUGGCACGAGCAUAUGAGUUCAACUGGCAAAAGCCUCUUCCAAGCUUCAUGCAGGAGGGGGCAUACUUUGACCGAUUUGAAGAGGACCCUUUUGUUUUUGAACCUCAGUGCUUUUUCAAAGUGGACGAGUUUGGUUUCUUUCUUACAUGGAAAAGCGAGGGAAAGGAAGGUCAGGUUUUGGAAUGUUCUCUUAUCAACAGCAUACGCAGCAGCAUCCCAAAGGAUCCCAAAACCUCGGCGUCCCUUGAGGCGAUGGGAAGGAGUGAGAGUGAGUUGGAGGGCUGCACCCUGUGCAUAUGCAGUGGCCCUGACCUGAUCAAUCUCACCUUCACGUUCAUGGUGGCCCAGAGUGUCAACGUUACCAAGCAGUGGACAGAGGGCUUGAGGUCACUGAUUCACAACUUCAGGGCCAACAACGUGUGCCCCAUGACCUGCCUGAGGAAACAUUGGAUGAGGCUGUCAUUUCUUACAAAUGUGAAUGGAAAGAUUCCAGUGAGAAGUAUUACAAGAACCUUUGCCUCAGGCAAAACUGAAAAAGGAAUCUUCCAAGCACUGAAGGACUUAGGUCUACCCAGUGGAAAGAAUGAUGAAAUUGACCACUUGGUGUUUACAUUUGACAAGUUUUAUGCACUCACACAAAAGAUCUGUCCCAGAAUUGACAUUGAGGAACUCUUCAAGAAGAUAAAUGGUGGCAAAAGUGAUUAUUUAAACGUAGACCAGUUAGUCUGCUUUUUAAAUGAAAAUCAGCGAGAUCCACGGCUCAAUGAGAUUCUCUUUCCUAUCUACGACUUCAAGCGAGCCUUACAGAUAGCAGAGCAGUAUGAGCCAGAUGAGAAGCUGAAAAGAAAAGGCUUGAUGUCGAGCGACGGCUUCUGCCGCUACCUGAUGUCAGAUGAGAACGCCCCCGUCUACCAGGAUCGCCUGGAGCUCUACCAGGACAUGGACCAUCCCCUGGCCCACUAUUUCAUCAGCUCCUCGCACAACACCUACCUGACAGGCCGCCAGUUCGGGGGGAAGUCGUCUGUGGAGAUUUACCGUCAGGUGCUCCUGUCAGGCUGCAGGUGUGUGGAGCUAGACUGCUGGGAUGGCAAAGGUGAGGACCAGGAGCCCAUCAUUACUCAUGGGAAGGCCAUGUGCACAGAUAUCCUCUUCAAGGAUGCUAUUCAGGCCAUCAAGGAAACUGCCUUUGUGACAUCUGAGUACCCUGUGAUUCUGUCCUUUGAGAACCACUGCUCCAAGCCUCAGCAGUACAAGUUGGCCCGAUAUUGUGAAGACAUUUUUGGGGAUUUGUUGCUCCGGGAGGCACUAGAAGGCUUUCCAGCUUCUGAGAUGGAGCCCGGGCGCCCUCUGCCCUCUCCCCGUGACCUCAGAAGGAAAAUCCUAAUUAAGAACCGAAGAAUGAAACCAGAGGCUGAGCAGAAGGAGCUGGAGGAUUUUAAGAGGCACAUGGAAGCAGGUGAACUGAGCAGCUUUCCUAGUGCGGAGGAGAAUGAAGGAGAAGCGUUUAACGAGGUGGACGAGGCGCACCCGGAGCUGCAGCUGGGGGAGGCGUUCUGCUCCAGUGAGCCGAGCGGGCCGGAGGAGGAGGAGAGCGGCAGGAAAAUGACACAGGAUGAAGUUGAGAUAUCAGAAGCCCCCUAUCAAGAAAAUGGCAAGAAGGUUGGGGAGGCAAACAUGGAUGUCCAGGAGCUCAUCAACAGCUACCACUAUGUUGCAGCCACAACCAACGUCCACCCCUACCUCUCAUCGAUCGUCAAUUAUGCCCAGGCUGUGAAGUUUCUGGGCUUUGAAGUAGCUGAGGACAACAACAUCCAUCACAACAUGUCCUCAUUCAACGAAACGGUUGGCCUGGGACUGCUGAAGACGAGUGCCAUUGAGUUUGUGAACUACAACAAGCGGCAGAUGAGUCGCCUGUAUCCCAAAGGGGGCCGAGUAGACUCCAGUAAUUACAUGCCUCAGAUCUUCUGGAACGCCGGCUGCCAGAUGGUGGCUCUGAACUUCCAGACCCCAGAUCUGUCCAUGCAGCUGAACCAGGGCAAGUUUGAAUACAACGGCUCAUGCGGGUACCUGCUGAAGCCCGACUUCAUGCAGCGGCCCGAUCGGAUGUUCGAUCCCUUCUCCGAGACCCCAGUUGAUGGUGUGAUAGCGGCCAUGUGCAGUGUUCAGGUUUUCUCCGGUCAGUUUUUGUCCGACAAGAAGAUCGGGACGUACGUGGAGGUGGACAUGUACGGGCUGCCCACAGACACCAUCAGGAAAGAAUUCAGAACCAAGAUGGUGAUGAAUAAUGGGCUCAAUCCACUUUACAACUCUGAACCUUUUGAGUUCAGAAAGGUUAUCCUACCAGACCUGGCUGUUCUGAGAAUAGCUGUGUAUGAUGACAACAAUAAGCUGAUUGGCCAAAGGAUUCUCCCCCUGGACGGGUUGCAGGCAGGGUACAGACACAUCUCCCUGAGGAACGAGGGCAACAAGCCGCUCUCACUGCCCACUGUCUUCUGCAACAUCGUCCUCAAAACAUAUGUGCCCGAUGGCUUUGGGGCCAUUGUGGAUGCGUUGUCUGACCCAAAGAGGUUCUUAUCCGUCACUGAGAAGAGGGUGGACCAGAUGAAGGCCAUGGGCAUAGAGGAGUGUGACAUCGUGGAUGUGCUGAGCGACAGCUCCAAGAGCGAUAAAAAGCGGAAGGUGAGCCAGGUGAAGGCCAGCGUCAGCCCGUGUGGGAGCCCCGAGCUCAGGCACACCUCCACGGCAGGACAGCAGCCCGCCGGCUCCUCAGCAGCAACGGAUACAGCCCUGCUGGUGCAUCCCGUGAGUGUGGAUGACUUGAAGCAGACGAAGACCUACCUCAAACUGGUGAAGGAGCAGCAGCGGGGGCUUAGUGCCUUAAAGAAGAAACAUGCAAAGGAGCAGCUGGUGAUGCAGAGGACUCACAGCACACAAGUGGACAGAAUUGUAAGUCAGCACAACAAGGAGAAGGGGACUCUGGAGAAACAGCUGGAAAAAGCCGUUAAGAAAGCGAGUGAAAAGAACAGUUCCCAUCUGAAGAUGGAGACAGACUUCAAACUCCAGACCGUAAGCGCGGAGCACAAAGAAAAGGUGAACGAGCUGGUGUCCCAGCAGUGUGGCGAGUGGUCGGGGCUGAUCGGUGGUCACGGCGCGGAGAGCCAGGCGCUGCGGGACCAGCACGUGCUGCAGCAGUGUGAGCUCCUGAAGGCUCUGUUAGCGUCCCUCCAGCAGCAGCACCGCCAGCAGCUGCAGCUCAUCCACAACCAGCAUGGUAAAGAGGUUCGAGCCAAGCAGGCCAAAUCCUCCAUGGAGAGCGGCAAAGCUAUCAGUCAAGAUAAAAGUAUCAAAAACAAAGCCGAGAGAGAAAGGAGGGUGCGGGAGCUGAACAGCUGCAACACAAAAAAGUUCCUGGAGGAGAGAAAAAGGCUCUACAUGAAGCAGUCAGAGGAGACGGAGCAGCUCCAGAAAGCCCAGCGUGAACAGCAGGACAAGCUGGAGAAGUGCAUUGAGCAGCUUUUGCGCUCACAUCACUCAAAGUAUCACAGUGAAGGGCAACAAGAUGCAGAGAGAGAGGAAAGAGGAAAGACAACAGGCAAGCCACAGUGAUGCAACAAGGAGUCAAACAUAAUGAAGGAGGCAGUUUUUUUACAGUACAAAUCAGAGAGAGAGAGAUUUUGUAAUAUUCAUUGAUUUGGUUUAAUCUCACUUACUAAUCUAAUUACAUGUAUUUAUUAUGUUUUUAUGAGAACACAUGUUAUUUUGUUAUCAAAAUGCCACCUUGUUACCUGUGUUAUAUUUACUUUUCAUGUCUGGAUAUGAACCGGUGAACACAGCCAUUAGAAGUGGGCCCGCUAAUGAAUGACUCUCACUUUCAUUGCUAAUGGUGACACAUUUAUAAUGGUUGAGGGAGUGAGGUAGGCCAUCAAAGGCUCUUGAGUUCCAAUGGCGUUUCAACAGAUCAAACCUACUUUACUGAACUACCCGCCCAGAAUUGAGCCUCUCUGCCGCUUUGGCAUUCAAAAACCCUUGCAGGUUUGUGUUCAAAUGUAAAUGCUUUUAGUACAUUUCAAAGACUGAUGCACAUUUUGUUCUGUUUUGUUUCUAUGAACCUACUACUACAGCUGAUUUUAUGAUGUUUAUUUUUUUUUAGGAAGGAGCCCAGUUUGAACAAAAACACAUUUAUAGUAAACUUAACUCUAUAAGUAAACUCUAAUGCAUAUUUUGCCUGUUUUGGGUUGUAAACAUAUUUUAUCUGUGUUGUGUAGGUUUCAUAAUGUGAUUUGUCAUUGUUAACCUGGGAAAAUAGUGUUCUAAUUUAAAAGCACUGUUGGCAUGCACUUUGUAUUCACAUGCCAUCUUGGUAUUCUGUCCAUGGUCUGUAUAAUCCGGUACUUUGAUGUCAGCUAUUACAACACUGUUUUAUAAUGCCAAGGUACGUAUAGCUGUAGAAAGUAUGGCAUUACACUGUACCUCCAGCAUCAUUAUGUCUGACAUUAAACUGGGCUUGUACAUUUAAAA